UCGCCAUUUGCUCUUUUUUUCUCACUGCUCCCGUUUGUCAAAUAUAGCGAAUUCAGAAGCCUGUUUUUUUCGUGCAAGAAUAUCUGAACCCAAAAAUGGCGGAUGGCAGCUUAGCUUCUCAUAAAAGAGAUCCUAUUAAAUCUUCAGUUGGGAAUUUGGCUACGCAACGAAGACGGCAGAAUGCAGUUGUUGUUGCUAAAGAAAGGAGGGAGACGCUUAUUAGAACAAAGCGGCUUUGUAGAACGGGGAUUGGUGGUGAUGAUGUUGGUGAGACUGAUGCUGAUAUGAUGCUUGAUGAGGAGCCAUCAAUACUGGAAGCUCAGACUUCGUCAGCUGUCGAAGAAUUGAAAGCUGCCGUUGUCUAUCAGGGCAAAGGUGCGCUGAUGAAGAGGGUUAGUGCUCUACGUGAGUUAAGACGUUUAUUGUCUAGAUCCGAGUUACCCCCUGUUGAUGUGGCGCUUAAAGCUGGGGCUAUACCUGUCCUUGUGCAGUGCCUUUCAUUUGGUUCUCCGGAUGAGCAGUUACUUGAGGCAGCUUGGUGUCUUACAAACAUCGCCGCAGGACAGCCAGAGGAAACAAAGUCUUUGCUCCCUGCCUUACCAUUGCUUAUAGCACAUCUUGGAGAGAAGAGUUCUUUGCCGGUGGCUGAGCAGUGUGCAUGGGCAGUAGGUAAUGUUGCAGGUGAAGGAGAGGAACUUAGAAACGUUUUGCUGUCACAAGGGGCGUUGUUAUCUCUUGCCAGAAUGGUUCUUCCAGACAAGGGAUCAACUGUGAGGACGGCCGCUUGGGCACUGUCAAAUAUUAUCAAGGGUCCAAAUCCCAGAGCUGCAACUGACCUUAUCAAGAUAGAUGGUGUACUUGAUGCAAUUAUUCGGCACUUGGAAAAAUCAGAUGAGGAACUGGCAACUGAAGUCGCUUGGGUUGUUGUGUAUCUUACAGCCCUUUCAAACAUUGCUUCAAGUAUGAUGGUUAAGAGCAAUCUUGUUCAUCUUCUUGUGAGAAGAUUGGCAACAUCUAACAGUUUACAAUUGCUUAUACCGGUGUUGAGAAGUUUGGGUAAUCUCGUUGCUGGUGAUGCAAACAUAGCUUCUACAAUAUUUGUCGCUGGAAAUGAAGUUACAGAUAAUGUUAUAGCUGCCCUUGUUAAAUGCCUCGGGGGUGAGCAUCGUGUGUUGAAAAAGGAGGCUGCAUGGGUGCUGUCUAAUAUAGCUGCAGGUUCCAUUGAGCACAAGAGAUUACUAUAUUCAAGUGAAGCAGUUCCAUUGCUAUCACGUCUCCUUUCAACUGCACCAUUUGAUGUAAGGAAAGAAGUAGCCUAUGUCCUUGGUAAUAUAUGUGUGGCCCCAACAGAAGGUUCUGGGAAGUCAAGUCUGAUCGUGGAGCAUCUGGUUUCUUUGAUUAGCAGAGGAUGUCUUCCUGGUUUCAUUGAGCUUGUCCGAUCUGCCGAUGUUGAGGCUGCAAGAUUGGGUCUGCAAUUUAUGGAGCUGGUUUUGAGAGGAAUGCCUAACGGCGAGGGACCAAAGCUUGUAGAAAAGGAGGAUGGAAUUGAAGCUAUGGAAAGAUUUCAGUUCCAUGAAAAUGAAGAUCUCAGAAAUAUGGCAAAUGGAUUGGUUGACACAUAUUUUGGCGAGGACUACGGGCUUGAUGAGGCUUGAAGGAUAAAAGAGCAUGAACAGGAAAUUGCAUCAUCUGUUUCUGUUGAUUAACACUUAGUUUUGUAUUUUGAGAUUCUCAGUUUUAAGAAGGGAAUCUUGUUCACACUUGGUGGUAGAAAUAUGAAAGGGUAAAUAUUGCUACAUGUCAUCUUUGAUCACUCUCUCGUAGGGAUGUUGGGAUCUUUCUUGCGCUUUCUUCUUACAUGAGUGGAAAUUGGAAACAUCAAAAUCAUGGAUUAA